AAAUUUCUAUAAAUAUUUGUAUAUUUAUAAUAAAAUUCACUUUCACGCAAGAUAUAAAUACGCAUAUUUAUAAGAUGAAGGGCCUCGUAGUAUUUUUGUUAUUUGUCUCGUCAGGCUUUUCAUUUCCAGAUUUGUAUAAUUCUGAACCUUAUUUUCAAUUACUGGAGUGGCAAAAUACACAGUUAAACUACGAUGAGGUCUCCACCAAAUAUACCCUAAAAGUAGACAAGCAACGUUUGUGGAUGUAUGUCUAUACCAGACAAGAUUUAGCCGGCACCCGAAUAAGUCUGGAUGAAGCCCAUAACAUAACCCACGUAAGCAGUUUUAAUACUUCAAAACCGACAUAUAUUUAUACACAUGGCUGGACUACCAAAUACACCAGUAAUGACGGAGUGCAAAUAAGGGAGGCAAUUUUAAACACCAGUGAGGUUAAUGUGUUGCUUUACGAUUGGGAUUAUUGUGCUACCAAUAUUAUUUAUACCACUGCUUGGGGAUGCGUUGAAGAAGUAGGAAACUACUUAGGAAGUUUUUUGACUGAGCUAUCCGAUUCUUACGGUUACUCAUUAGAAGAUGUAACAUUAAUAGGUCAUAGUCUAGGAGCUCACAUUUCGGGAUAUGCAGGCAAAGCCACUAAUGGAACUUUACCGGUGAUCGUAGGGCUUGACCCAGCUGGUCCGUUAUUUUUUGAGGAUCAACCUAAUCAUAGACUAAACGCGACGGACGCCAAAUAUGUUCAGGUGAUUCAUACAAGUGCAAUUUUGAUUGGAUUAAACUAUAAUGUUGGUGUAGCGGAUUUUUGGCCUAACGGAGGACACAUACAAAAUGGUUGUGAAGCCUACGCCAUUGAGUUUGGUAGAUGCUCCCACAUAAGAGCGUUUAUGUACUACGCAGAAUCUGUUCUUUUAAAUGACUUUCAAGGACAAGUUUGCGAUAGCUAUGAAGACUUCGCGAAAAAUAAAUGUAGUAACAAUGAAAAAGGUUAUAUGGGAGGCAUUAAUGUAGAUACUUCGUUAAAAGGAGUAUUUUACUUAAAAACCAACUCUCAAUCUCCAUAUGGACAAGGAGAUCUAUAGUAUAAUUUGUCUCUUUAAAUGGAUUAUUAUUUAGUCGAACAUAUCCCAUAUAAUCUGUAAAACCCUAUAUUUUCAGAUUUUCUUCUCAAUCAAACAUAUUUAAAAUUACAUAAUAAAUAGUAUAUUUGUCUUAUGUUUAAAUCCUGUACUUUGCUGUUUUUACUUAAUUUGUUUUAAGUGUUUUUAGACUAAGAUAUAUAUUUAAGAAAGGAAGUUUUUAAAAGAUUAACAUUUAUGUAUUGUAUAAAAUAAAUUAUUUAUUAAAAUAA